AAUGGCCACACUUUAACUUUAAGCAACCUUUAACAUCCCCAGUGUGCCGGUCACAUCCGGUCAAAGACUAUGGUGUCUCGUGUGCCACAAUGAACAGCUUGCCGUGGAUUCUGUACAUCCUGGGACUCCUCAUAAUCAAUGUCCCUAGAUCCAGGUCAAUUGAUGGCCGAUGGACAGCUUGGGUAACAAUAGAUCAAGGUGUAUGUGAUGACGAGUGUAACGGAACGACCACCUGGAAGAGAUACUGUACUAACCCCGCCCCCUCAGAGGAAGGAAAGAGGUGUUCUGGUCCUAAUACGUUAUACUUGGCUCUCGACUGCUCGUGGAAUAAAUGCACACUCAGAAAAUAUAUGGGCAUGGAUGUAGGUCCUAUACUAAUAAUAGUGAUCAUGCUGUUCAUUGUUUUUGCUGGUUUUGCAUUUAGUAUCAAUGCCACAAGAACUAAGAAAUCCACCAAAGCCGUCAGAAAACCAAAAGCCAACAAGGUCGCCAUGCCUCAAGUAGUAACAGAAGGUUCCAAUGGAGUCAUACUGAUAGUACCAAGAAAGUCUUCAAGCCAUCAAACCCAAAACGACAAACCUGAUUUUUCAACUUCACCUGAAAAAAUAAUUCCAAAAAUGUCUUCAAGCUAUCAAAUCCAAAACGACAAACCUGACUUUUCAACUUCACCUGAAAAAAUGGUGCCAAGAAGGCAUUCCAUGGCUUCAAGCAAUCACAUCCAAAAAGACAUUUCUGGGUUUUUAACUACAGCAAAACGUAUAGUGCAAAAAAGGUCUUCAAUCCAUGAAAUCCAAGACGACAACCCUGGCUUUUCAACUUCGUCAGAACGAAUAGUGCCAAGAUCGUCUCCCAAAACGUUACGCCACGAAAUCGGAAAAGACAAUCUUGCCUUCAACAGUUCCCCAGAAUUACGCCGAUAGUAUACACACGUGGACACGUGUAGCACCAUUCCUGACAGUGGACACGUUUCAGGAGCGGGUCUUUAAUGGGGGUGGGGGUAGGGUUAGGCAGGGCAUGACGUGUAGUGAGGUGGCGUGGAUGAACUAAACUCCUCAGCAUAUACACAAGUUAAAUGGUUUACCUGACCAAAACGAGGGUUUUCUACUUAAAUUCGGAAGCGAUUUUGAAGAAGGGUGUAUUUCAAGACCGACCUCUAUUCAUGGUUUUACGAUAUCCUGAAGUUAGGAACAUGAAAUAUGUGUAUUUUAGACUGACGAGCUACAAUGAAGACAUGAAAUACA